GCUUUCGAUCACUGAACCACCAUGCUGCCACCGCGAUCAAGAGCGCAAGGCACAUUGCAGCUGCCAUGGAAACCAGUGCUGCAGGAAAGAGGGCGGCGACCCGCGUGCUGGAAGUGGAGCAAGGGGCUGCGAUCUAUUUGGGUGGCGCUGGCGCAGUCAUGAACCCAGAAUUCCUGGUAGCGGAGAACAUCAAGGGCAUAGUCACAUGCGCACGCGAUCUGCAAGUCCUCUGGCCCAAGUUCAACGAAGCUGUGGCGGAUGCUGAAGCGCGUGGUUUAAAGUACCAUCUUGUGCCACUGCUGGAUGAGCCGCAGCAGAAACUGGAAGUAGAAGAUCUGCGGAAAGCUGCCGGGUUCCUGCAUCAGAUCGUUGAGGCAGGAGGGAACGUGCUAGUCCACUGCGCGCAAGGCCGAAGCCGUUCCACAACUGUGCUUCUGGCGUAUCUCGCAGCUGCAAAGAACAUGACUGUCGUAUCUGCUCUUGCGCUCAUCCAGGACAAGCGGCACAUGGCCCAGCCGAACUCAGGCUUCAUGGAGCAGCUGCG